AUGGGUGGUCCUAGGCGGUUCUGGGCGUUUCUGGGCGGUUCUGGAGGGCUGGUAGCAGCCGAAGCCGGCGGACUGCAGGGCGUAUGGGGAGGGGACGUGACGGUGCUGGUGGACAGAGAUGGCAGACGGGGCUGGCGUCGAGGCUGGCGGACGGGGCUGGCGACAAGGCUAGCGGCGGGGCUGGCGGAUGGGGACGCGACUGGGUUGGCGAACGGAGCUGGCGGGUUGCACGUCGGCGGGGAGGGGGGCGCGACGGUAGGGGGAGGGGAGGCGACAGGGAGGCGACGAAGAGGGGAUGCAACGGGAAGGCGACAAAGAGGGGAUGCAACGGGGAGGGACGCGAUGGGAGGCGAUGGGAGGGAUGCGACGAUGGGGGGAAGGGAGGCGUCGUGGAGCGACGGAAGGGACGAGACGGGAAGGGACGCGACGGGAAGGGCUGCGGCGACUGCUAUGGAGGGGGGGGGUGGUGGGUGGGGGGGGGGGGGUGGGGGGGGGGGGGGGGGGGGGGGGGGGGGAGGGGGGGGGGGGGGGGGGGGGGGGGGGGGGGGGGGGGGGGGGUGUGGGGCGAGGGGGGGGGGGGGGGGGGGGGGGGGGGAGUGGGGGGGGGGGGGGGGGGGGGGGGGGGGGGGGGGGGGGGGGGGGGGGGGGGGGGGGGGGGGGGGGGGGGGGGGGGGGGGGGGGGGGGGGGGCCUUUAA